AUGAAGUGCACCAGGAAGGAGAUCCUCAUUCCACAUGAAUGGUACCAGCCGGGGGACCUCCUGAUUGGUGGGAUCGCUUCUCAGUUCAUUUACCAACUACAUGGACUACUGUUUGAGAAAUAUGUGUCUCAAGAGAUCUUUGAAGUCACAGAUAUGACAACCAAGUUUUACCAGCACCCCCUGGCCUUGGCAUUUGCUGUUGAGGAGAUCAACAUGGAUCCCAAGAUCUUGCCUAAUGUUACACUCGGGUUCCACAUCUAUGACACGUACAAUGAUGAUAAGAUGAUCUACCGCACCACACUGGAUCUACUGUAUAAAUUCCAUAGAUACGUUCCAAAUUAUGAAUGUGACCACCAGAAAAAUCUAAUGGCCAUCAUAGGGGGGUUGGAAUCCGAUGUCUCUUUCCACAUGGCAGACAUUCUAGGCCUCUGUAAGAUUCCACAGCUCACAUAUGGGUCAUUUCCCCAAGUGGACAGGGACAACACAAACUCCCCUUCCUUCUACCGCAUGGUUCCCAGUGAAGCCCAUCAGUACACAGGGAUUGUCCGGUUACUUCAGCACUUUGGAUGGACAUGGGUCGGGAUCUUUGCUGUGACCAGCGAUAGUGGAGAACAUUUCAUCCAGGAAAUGGAGCCAUUGCUUUUCCAACAUGGGAUCUGUGUAUCCUUCACAGAAACGAUUGCAAACCAAGGUCGCUGGAGUGACUUGCAUGAUUUAUAUGACCAAGCAUUCAAUAAAUAUCCAUCUUUAAUGGAUAACAGAACCAAUACAUUUAUUUUCUAUGGAGAAGCUAUGAGUAUUAUGUCACUGAACACAGUUCUAUAUGUAGGUUAUCCUGAAAUACUGGAAAACACUUCAUUUAGAAGGGUGUGGCUUAUGACAGCUCAAGCUGAUUUUGCAUUACAGGGUCUCCAAAGAGCCUGGGGUCUGGAAUUCUUCCAAGGUGCAAUCUUCUUCUCAAUUCACUCUCAGGAACUAACAAGAUUCCAGACAUUUCUUCAAAAAUUUAACCCUUUUUUGAUACAAAGAGAUGGUUUUCUCAAAGAUUUCUGGGAACAAGCAUUUGACUGUCAACUUCCAAAUUCCCAAGAAUCAUCACAGAUUAAUGAAACCUGUACUGGGGAGGAGAAGCUGGAAAGCCUUCCUGGGCCUGUUUUUGAGAUGCAGAUGACUGGCCACAGCUACAGCAUCUAUAAUGCAGUCUAUGCCAUAGCACAUGCUCUGCAUGACAUGUAUCUAUCCCGCUCCAACCCCAAGUCAAUGGUGGGUGGUGGCAAAAAAGUUGACCUUCGUGAUCUCCAUCCUUGGCAGCUGCACCAGUUUCUUCGACGUAUUUCCUUUAACAACUCAGCAGGUGAAACAGUGUUUUUUAAUGCUAAUCAGGAAGUGGAAGGUGGAUUUGAUGUCAUGAACUUGGUCAUAUUCCCAAACAAGUCAUAUGAUAAAAUGAGAAUUGGAAAACUGAAUCCUGAGGUUUUUGAAGGAAACGAACUGAUCAUUGACGUGGACAGAAUUGUGUGGCAGAGCCGCUUCAACCAGGUGGUGCCCAUUUCACGGUGCAAUGAAUACUGCCUUCCUGGUUCUCAGAAGCAGAAGAAAGAAGCGGAUAAAUUUUGCUGUUACGAUUGUGUUCCUUGCCCUGAUGGAAAGAUUGCAAACCAGAAAGAUAUGGAAGACUGUAUCAAAUGCCGGGAAGAUCAAUAUCCAAACAAGGACAAAGAUCAAUGUGUUCUCAAGACAAUCAGCUUUCUCUCUUAUAAAGAACCCAUAGGGAUCAGUUUAGCUUCAGUUGCACUUUCUUUUUCCCUGAUCACAGUGUUGGUGCUGGGAUUUUUUAUUAAGCACAGAGAUACCCCUAUCAUCAAAGCCAACAAUCGGGAUAUCACCUAUACUCUUCUUAUCUCUCUCCUGAUCUGCUUUCUUUCUUCUUUUCUGUUCCUUGGACAACCUACCAAGGUGUCCUGUUUCCUCCAACAAUCUGCUUUUGGCAUCAUCUUCUCAGUGGCUGUUUCUUGUGUGCUGGCUAAAACCAUCACUGUGGUAGUAGCUUUCAUGGCCACCAAGCCACGGUCCAGCAUGAGGAAAUGGGUGGGGAAAAAACUGUCCAACUCUGUCAUCCUUCUUUGCUCCCUUAUUCAAGCAGGCAUAUGUGUGUUGUGGCUCGGAACCUCUCCCCCAUACCCAGAUUUAGAAAUGGAGUCCCUGAAUACACAAAUGGUAGCACAAUGUAAUGAAGGGUCUGCCAUCAUGUUUUAUAGUGUUUUGGGCUACUUGGGGCUUCUGUCCCUCGUCAGCUUGACUGUGGCUUUCCUGGCCCGGAAGCUUCCAGAUACGUUUAAUGAGGCCAAAUUUAUCACCUUCAGCAUGCUGAUGUUUUGCAGCGUUUGGCUAUGUUUUGUCCCAACCUAUCUGAGCACCAAAGGGAAAUAUAUGGUAGCAGUGGAGGUCUUCUCUAUCUUGGCUUCCAGUGCUGGGUUACUCGUUUGUAUUUUUUCCCCUAAAUGCUACAUAAUUUUGUUGAGGCCUGAGAUGAAUAAAAGAAAACAGUUAUUACGAAGAGUAAAUUAA